AUUCAACAUCCUCUUUUUAAGAUUACAAAACCUUACACGAAUUAUGUGAUGCACUACAAAUAUAAGACUGAUCACUCUCAUGUUGCACAUUUGUCUGUCAUCUGUCAAACGUCUUUCUCACUAGCGAGCAAUUCUGUGUCGACAUUUUGAGAAGAGUAAAUCAACACCACGAUGUAUGGAGUAAACAUUAUCUUCUAUUCAGCUGUAAUGGUAUGUCUGGGAAGUGGUGCCGUCAUGAAGAUGGAACCAAAGAUGGCUGAAGAUGAAAUUAUUUAUGAAAGAGCUGUUUUGAAGACACUGACAAAUAAUCUCCUGGUUGAUCGAAUGCUCGAAAAUAGUGCAGCAGAUAAGGAACCUCAAAAUGAAAACCUGACGAACGAAAUUGCUGAAAAUGAUAGUUUGCAAAAUAUAGCGCAGAUGCAAUGUUCUUGGAAAGGAAAUGCGGGCAAAUGUUGUGCUGAUCUGCUUCAUCUUCCUAAAUGUACGUAUUUUUUUUGUUUAGUCGCCAUUUUGUAUUUCCUUUACAACAUCUAAAUUAAGCCUGCGAUUAAUGCUGUCAGUUCGAGCAAAUUAGAUAAUAUCUUUGCUCGAAAGUCUCGAAAGCUAAAAUAACAUGGUGAAAUGGAAGAGCGGCUGGAAGCUUUG